GGGUUCUGGGGAUCUAGGGCGGAGCCCACGUUUUUAUUGCGGGGGCGCUGAGUUUCUAUGGAGGGGUCUUUUGCGUGGGGGUUGCCCUUGUUUUCGACUGCCCCUUCCCCCCAUUCCCCUGCGGCUAGAAGGACAAGCCUUCUGGAAGGCCCAGGCCCUGCCGCAGCGCCGGGCCUGGUGUUUCUCUCCAUUCCCAUCCUUCCCCUUCCCCUUCUGAUCCAGGCGGUUCUUUCCCGCCGCCGCCCAGCGCCACCUGGCAUCUCCAGGGCGACCGGGCCGGCACAAGAUGGCGGACGAUAAAGACAGCGGAGAAAUGAGAUUACAAGAAAUUCAGAAAAAAAUAAAAGAUGCUUUUGAGGUGUUUGACCAUGAAUCCAAUGACACCGUGGAUGUUAGAGAAAUCGGUACUAUUAUCAGAUCAUUAGGCUGCUGCCCGAGUGAAGGAGAACUGCAUGAUUUGAUUGCAGAGGAUUUGCUGUCCCAAGUUUCUUCAAGGAUGGUAGAAGAAGAAGAACCCACUGGAUACAUUCGCUUAGAAAAAUUUCUUCCGAUGAUGGUUAAAGUGCUCUUGGAAAGAAGAUACAGACCAAUUCCAGAAGAUCUUCUUCUUCAAGCAUUUGAGGUGUUAGAUUCAGCUAAAGAGGGAUUUCUUACUAAAGAAGAGUUGGUCAAGUAUAUGACUGAAGAAGGUGAGCCUUUUACCCAGGAGGAAAUGGAAGAAAUGUUGUCUGCUGCACUUGAUCCAGAAACAAAUACAAUUCAGUACAGAGACUAUUUAGCAAUGAUGGUGAUAGAUGAAAAUUAAAAGGUUUCAUACAUUUAACUAUUUUCAGAUUUUUAACUUCAAUUUCCUACUUCUGAUUAAUGGAUAUUAGUUUAGAAAAAACUGGGAAAAUGUUAUAUUUAUAACUUAAAGCAUUUGUAGAUAUAGACAACUCUUAGAAAUUUUUAAAGAAACACUAAUGUUCUAUGGACUUUUGCUAUAAAAUUUUAGUGUGUUACCUGAGAAGGAUUUGUUUCUUCUCUAUGAAAGUACAGACCACCAUUAAAAUAUCAUUGAAUUAAUUAUGCAAAGACAGUAGAGAAUAACUGACUUGGCACAAGCCAAGCUAUUCUACCAGCUCUAUGAGUGGCACAGAAGCCUAUGAUCUCCUAUCAGUUAGUAUGGGAUGACAAUUUCCAAAGAGAUCAUGGUGGGUGGGGGAAGUGACAGCACUCCCAAUGAGGUGCAAACACCAAAGAGGGCUUACUUACCAUGUUUCCUUUUUCAUAAAGAAAAAUUUCCAUCUCUGACACACAUCAGUAAUGUUUCAAUGUUUUCUUGUUUCCAGGUAAUUUUAGGGCCAUGAUUGGCUAGAUAAGAUGGUAGAAGUAGGAUCAGAACGGUCAUCUUUCUUAUUUCCUCUUAAGAUUUGGAAUAUUAUCUGUAAGAUCUAGUGUGCUACCAUUAAAAAACAAAACCAAAACUC